AUGAAAAACUCCGGUCGAAGUGUCAGUUCGACCUUUGACUCCAAUGAUGUCCACCGUGAAUGCAGGGAUGGUGACUUGCGCGGGAAUUUGUCUGCCCACCGCCUGCAUUUCAGCAAUCGACUGACCCAACGCCUAGAAGACUUGCAGGCUCCGCAUGUAAACGCCUCCUUGGAGACUCGAUGUUGCCAACUGCGGGAUGUCGUCCAUUCGACUGCCAUGUGUGUCCUUGGCUGCGUCCGUCGUCAACACCAGGACUGGUUCGACGAAAACGACGCAGCCAUCAGAAAUCCACUGGCUGAAAGGAACAGUCUGCAUAUAGCCUACCUCAGCCGCCCGACAGAUUCAAACAAAGCGGCCUCUUACGAAUGUCGUCGUCUUGCACAGCAACGCUUGCAACAAAUUCAGGACGCCGGGAUGGCUCGAACGGCUGAGGAUAUCCAAGGGUGUACCGACCGCAAUGAAAAGAGGAACUACUUCGUUGCAAUCAAGGCAAUCUACGGUCCCCCAACCUAA